AUGGCUCAGAAUCUGGAUGACAUCGGUGAUAAUCCUCAAAGUGAAGAUUUCUUUGAUGACCGAAGUGUGCAAUCAGCUCAUUCAUUUGUACAAGAUGACGAAGAAAAUGUUCAACGAACUUCGAGUAGUCUCAACAAUUAUUGUAUCUUACCACCGAUUAAAUCCACAACGAAAGAAAAUAACUCUCAACAACCAUAUUUCAUCAAGCAAUUACAAGAUAAAUAUCAAUCGGAAAAGAAUGAUCCAGGUGAGGUGGAAAAUGAAGCCAAAUUGGACGAUGCUUAUUUGAAAAUGAAGCGACUCGAUCGAGCACUUGAAGAAGCAUUCGAAAAAGAGAAACAAGUGAAAAUUGAGACAAUGUCGUUAAUGAAAAAAUUACGUAAUGAAAUGCAAUCAAUGGGUGGAACUAUUCGUGAUGAUACAAAUGAAUUAUCUCAUGCUGAAUCUAAUUUACGACGAUUUUUAGCGCUUGACGAUGAGCUUUUACGAUUAGAUGGUUAUCCUAAUGAAUCGAACAAUCCUCAUUCCACCGAAUCGAUAUUUAAAACUCAACUAAACGAUCCACUCGAUGAUUCUCACAGUACACACAAAAGUGAGAAAGGUUCUGUACAUCAUCCGAACGUGUCCUCCGUCAACUCCAAGAAAAAAUCUAGUAUCUCAUCAAAUUCCACAUUGAAUAAUAAAACCAAAAUGAAGAAAGACAAAAUGCCUCCACCAGAAAAAGAUUUUAUCAAACGUAAUAUUCAAUUAGCCAAAGAAGCCGGUGGAACAUGGGCGUUAACCGACGAUGAAAAACAACGUUUAAACCAACUAUUAAAUGAAGAUGAACAAACAAAUGCCGUGGCAUUGGCCAACGAACAAAUCAAUGGCUACAUUCCCUCAUUCAAUGAAAAUCAACGGUUGAAAGAAAUUGAUGAUUUAUUAGAAAAAGAAUAUUACAAUCCGUUGCUGAAUCAUCAAUUACGAAAACACAAUGAUACGAAUGAUAUUGAUUAUAGUAGCAUGCAACAAAUAACAAAUGAAGAAAAUGAUCAACUGGAAAAUCAGUUUGGCGAACGAACAUUGAAAGAAACACGUUUACAGCGCGAACAUACGCAACGAUUGAGACAAAUUGAUGAGAAAUUAGAAGAUUUCCAUCGGUCGACGACAGACGAUCGAGUCGAAGCUAUUCUUUCCGAAGAACAAUUAAAUGAAUUACUUGGACAAUGUGCAGUUGAUGAAAUGAAAACUCGAUACUCAUUGUUAAAUCGCGAAAAUUCAGAUCAACAGGCAAUCGAUUUCGAUGGUCUAUCUAAUUAUGCAUUAACACAUUAUGUUGAAAAUACUCGAGGACCAAUGAUAACCGAUGAAAUUAUUCAAUUAUUGCUAAAUGAAGCCCAACAAGAAGAAAUCAUGUGA